GGGAGCGGAGGCACCGUAGCGCACAGCUCGCGGCUGCCAUGGGCGAAGCGACGCGGCCCCAGCGCCCCGGGAUCGGCGUAGGGGUGGUGGUUACCAGCCCCGCGCACCCCAACUGCGUCCUGCUGGGCAGGAGGAAAGGCUCAAUGGGAGCCGGCACGUACCAGCUCCCCGGAGGCCACCUGGAGUUCGGGGAGAGCCUGGCGGAGUGCGCCGCUAGAGAGACGCUGGAGGAGGCGGCGCUGCGCCUGCGCAACUUGCGCUUCGCUUCGGCCGUCAACUCCGUGUGCGCCGCCGCGCGCUACCAUUACGUCACCGUCCUCAUGAAGGGCGAGGCCGAGCCGGGGGAGGAGCCGCGCAACUGCGAGCCCGACAAGAACGAGGGUUGGGAAUGGGUUAAAUGGGAUGAGUUUCCUCCAGCAGAGCAACUCUUCUGGGGCCUGCGGUGCCUGAGGGAGCAAGGCUACAACCCUUUUACGGAAGACCUGGAUCACCUGAAGGGGUACACAGGGAGCCAUCAGCUGGCAUGAAGCCUGGUGGUGUGACAGCCCGAAGGACCUGUGGUGCAGAAAUCAAAACGAUGUGUGGUGCUGGCUUUGCCCAUGUCUGAACUGCAGUUACCAAGAUGUCACAUGCUGCAGUGCUUUCACUUGAGUUGUCGUGCAUCCAGGAGGUACACAGGGCUGCCUUCCAAGCAACUGCAAACAUCUUCUGUAGCUGUUAAUGAUUAAUGUUUUCCUUUAGGCAUACUGUUUUAUCUGGGGAAUCUUUAUACAGAUGAGAUGCCCUGUGGAAGUGAAUGAGAAACUCACUUGGAAACAGCUGUAACAGCAUGCCCAAAGGAAAACGAUUUGUUUAAGCAACGGUCCUGGCUUAUUCAUAAAGCUGUUUUGUAUAUCAUGCUGCUUUCUUCAAGUAUACAUCUAACCUGGUCUAGUGUUAAAUGUGGAGAUGAGCAGCCCUGCCUACAGCAGGGGGGUUGGAUCUUGAUGAUCUCUGAGCUCCCUUCCAACCCAAGCCAUUCUAUGUGUCUAUGAUUUUGGACCAAUCUUUAAACUUAGCCUUGUUUCAUAGGUCCAGUUAAGAUGCUUUCAGCAGCUCUAUGAAACAAAAGUCCAGUUUUCCACAGAAUGUCAUGUUCUCCUACACUAUACUUGGAAACCAGUAUUAUAAACAGUAAAAGAAUGCUGCAGAGAAUGAAAAUUCUCUGACCCUUUUUUCCACCCCCUUUCACCUACCUUCUGUUGGCAGUAGAACUUGUUUACAGAAGAAUUUCAGACCUCAGUUGAUUAUCAUUUCUGACCAUGUUAUUGAACCCUAAGAGGUGAAUGUCAAAGCACCUACAGUCUUCUGCUAGGCUGACAGAACACAGUGAAGAAACAAACUCAUUUAUAGAUGUGUAGCUGUGUCAGGCAGCUGCACUUUCUGGCUUAGGAGGGCUGUCAGUAUGAAACAGCACAGAUAGGUGUCAUCCUUUACAGCUACUAGGACUUGAUUAACAUCUUAAUUUUCUGCAUGGGGUGACCCAAUAAUUGAAUUGGUAGCAAAUGAGAUCACAGAACAUAUGUACAAAAAUGAUGGGUUUGUCAUUUUUAUAGCAACUGUAACCAAAGUUGGCUCUUUCCGGGCUGUAGAUAUUAACUGUAAACCAGGCUGGAUUUUAACCAUUAAUUUUUGGAUAGGGACAGAUUGUGACUUCAACAAAUUACAUAACUGCCUUAUUUUUUUUUUUCUCUACAGGGUUAUUUUGUAAUACAUCUGUUUGUUUUGUAACUAUAUCCAUUGUAGAAAAUUACCUGAGAUGUGUUUAUUUUCUUUAAAUAAAAGCAGCACAAUAGAGGAAGAUUAAAAUUGUCUGAAAUUA